AUGCGGAGGCAGUGGUUGAGGUAUAGACGGCUGCAAGCACUGUCAGAGGUCACUGCGUUUGUUUCAAACUCUCAGGAAUUCGACAGCGCGACUGGCGCGGCCGUCGCAUUGGUACAAGAGGUGGAACUUGUGUCCAGAGGCUACCGUCUGAGUGCGCCACUGCCGCCCAUCAGUCGCAUCGAAGACCGCUCACAGACUCGAAAGUGCGUGCGCCUGCGCAAAGCCUUGAAGGCUUGCUUUGCAGAUGUCAUUGCAGCCUACGAUCAGACCAUGCUUGUGGUCAAGGGGUUCUCGGAGCAGCUCGACCUGGAAAAGUACUACGAUAUUUACGAUAUAAGCGACUUCGACAUGUCGGAUGCCAAAUUGGGGUUCAAGGAAAAUGAGUUUGACGACCCCGAGUCCCUGCGGACGCUCAAGAUUCUCGCCGCACGGUUCCACACCAUCCGUAAGAUGUUUUUGUGUGCGCUACUGGCCUUGGACGCAAGUGGUGAUAGCAGCGACCUGCUGAGGUGGACAACUACUGUCGAAGCGGUGCGCACGCUCAACACGGUUACACAGACUGCGUUCGAGAGGCUGAGGAGACUUUUGAGUGAGGAAGAGUCAUUCCCGGCACCGCCAACUCCAAAGAUGCCCCUGACACCCGGCAGGGAGAGAUGGAGAUCACAAUUGCGCAAGCUUAACUCCCUAUCCAGUGGGAUCCGCGGUCUUCAAGCGAAGUUGACACUGCUUCGAGAGGAGUCGGACCGCAGUCUCAACGAAUCCGACGACAUUUCUGAGCUUGGUUCCGAUCUCAUGGCUCAGUACGAAUCUAUUGGCGCGGACUUGAAGAUCCUGAUGCAGGCUUGGGAGGAAGGCAAAGCAGCCCUUGCAGUGGGCAUUGACCGGAAUGAGAAGAGGCUCUCGUCCAUGAGCACCUUGCUGUCUCCUGCGAGCUCGCUCAGCGGGCUUACAACUGUGGAAGAAGGAGGCGCCGCUGAAGCUUUGAAGGCGCUCAACGGAGAGUCGCCGUCCAGUUUAGACUUCAGCAGCACAGGCGAACUUGACACGGAAGAAAUCUUUGAGGCUGUCGCCCUGCCACGGCCGAAAAGUCUGCUCACUAGAGAGGAACGCAUCAUCAAGAUGAGGGAAGAUCGAGAAAAGCGAGAAUCACUCAGAGAAAAAGCGGAUGCAAACAGGGGCAUGCUCAAGGAGCUCGAGAUGGUCAUCAACCUUCGACCCCGCCCUCGCGCAGGGACCAAUCCGUCACGCAUCGUUUCGAUGUGA